UAUUCACAAACCCAAUAAAUAAUAUGGGUCAAAGAGCAAGCUCCUCGUCUUCAUCAACCUCCGCUACAGGCGGCAACACUGAUUCAUGGGCGGCGCGUGGCCUGGUCGCCGCCGGAGCUGCGGCGGCAGGGGCUUACGUGGCAUUCUCUCUCCGCCGAUCUUCGCGUUUUCGAAGCCAAGUUGUGGGAAUCAUUCCAGCUCGUUACGCCUCUUCCAGAUUUCAAGGCAAACCCCUUGUUCCCAUUCUCUGCAAACCCAUGAUUCAGAGAACUUGGGAGAGAGCAAAACUCGCCACCACAUUGGACCAACUUGUUGUGGCUACAGAUGAUGAGAAGAUUGCAGAAUGCUGCCGUGGAUUUGGAGCUGAUGUGAUAAUGACAUCAGAAUCUUGCCGAAAUGGAACUGAACGCUGCAACGAGGCACUACAAAAACUUCAGAAGAGUUUUGAUGUAGUAGUCAACAUUCAAGGCGAUGAACCUCUUAUCGAACCUGAGAUAAUUGAUGGGGUUGUCAAAGCUCUGCAAGCUGCUCCUGAUGCAGUAUUUAGCACCGCAGUCACAUCUUUAAAACCUGAGGAUGCAUCUGAUCCAAAUCGAGUGAAAUGUGUUGUGGACAAUCAUGGUUAUGCAAUAUAUUUUUCCAGGGGACUUAUCCCAUAUAACAAGUCAGGGAAGGUCAAUCCACACUUCCCCUAUUUACUUCAUCUUGGCAUCCAGAGUUAUGAUGCCCACUUCCUGAGGAUAUAUCCAAAGCUUUCACCUACUCCACUGCAACUAGAAGAAGAUCUGGAACAGCUUAAAGUCCUCGAGAAUGGAUAUAAAAUGAAGGUGAUCAAGGUCGACCAUGAUGCUCAUGGUGUUGACACCCCACAAGAUGUUGAGAAGAUAGAAUCAUAUAUGCGUGAAAGAAACUUGUCUUAGUUUAUAUCACACACACACAGAGAGAGAGAGAGAGAGAGCUAACCCUCAUACGACGGCGACAAGCUUCGUCCAAAAAUUAUUUGAAUAGGUGGAUUCAUGGCCUUCCCUUAUGACAAAUUUAACUAUCUGCGGCUCUCAUUUGUUUUGAUUUUGUCUCCCAACGCAUCUAUAUUGACAAUGAUUGUGCUCAGUUGCUCGACAAUCAAGUCUUUUAGCCAAAUUUAGGCAUCUACUCGGAUGGUCCAGCUUAUUGUCUCUUGUUAGCGAUCUGGUUCGAGUGGUAUCCUCUUUCAUAUGUAGUGAGGAUAAUCAAUUAUGGUAUGCGGAAAAGCAAUGUACUUCCAUUUUUAUA